AUGAGUACGGAUCUGUGGAAAACGCCGACGAUAUCCCAAACUCUUCAGCUGCCGGAGGACUCUGCAAUCGGACAAAAAGUUACGAUUCGGAUGAAAGAGAUGCACGGACUCGCGUGGUCCGUCCGAAAUCAUUCUCAUUCCACAGUGAAACUCGUACUUUCAGGAUUGGUCAUUGGACUGUCUUGAACACUGCCAAAGGCGAAUUCCAAUUGAAAUGCAACGAAGACAGUCUGUGUGCGUGGGAGUUCGUGGCCCACGUGGAAGCGGAGUUCCGUGGAGACGGCCGCAAAACGGAGAAGGUCGAGCAGGAAGUGCGAUUCUCGGAUAAACUGACCAUUCUGAACAUGAAAUGGGUCGAAGAAGGACGUAAAUACAACCAAGUCGAACUGAAAAUCACUCGGAAGGCGGCCUUCUCAGUUCCGAGUACGUCUUUCCUGGAUUUCGGAAAGAAGAGCAAGUGGCUCAAUGUGCUCAUUCGUGACGAGCAGAACUCCAUUCAGAUGUAUGGAAACUCCGGGGUACACUUAUUUUGGCCCUUUUUCCACACUCAUUUCCAUUAAAGAUUCUCGCCAUCCACUCUCCAGUAUUGAAAGCACAAUUCGAUGCGGAUGAAUCGGAGGAGCAUGAGAUCGUGAUUUCCCUGGAUUUGUUCCCUGCAAUGACGGAACUUUUGAACUUUCUUCAUCCGCCGUGCAGUUUCAGAAAGCCACAUUCGAGCAGUGACAGUUCGUUCGUGCAAGGAAUCGGCCUGUAAAUUCCAGUUGUUUCAGUAGAAAACGUGUUAAAUUUGGCGCAGAAAUGGGAAAUGGAAACUGUGUUGAAAAAGAGUGAGGAACUGUUGAUAAACGAGAGAAUGGCAAGCAAUGAAGGCAUCGAUCGGAGCAUCAAGCUGGCGGAGAAGUUCCACUUUCGAAAGCUUCUGGUGAGCAGAACAUCUUCGAAUCUUUGAACGUUUCCUUUUCUUAGGAAGAAGUGCUCGUCAACGAUGUGGCCAGUGACACGAUUUUCGGAUUGCUCGCACUGAACGAGUACGGCGAAUGGGCACGUGCGGCGAUGUUGAGCCGGCUUCUCGAAGGAUCGGAAAGCAGUGAAUAUUCGGAUGAUCACGACGAGGACGACAGUUUCGAAGAGGAAAGAGACUACGGAGGCGGCGGAGGACGAUCGGACUGCAGGCAAAUGUGA